ACUUCUGGUUUGGAAACUAAUCGAAUCAGACUUGGGGCUCACUGCUCUUCCAAAACUUCAAAACCCUUCCCAAAUUCCGAUUGCACCGAUUCUCCAAUGGCUCUUGACCUACGGAUUCUCUCGAUCGAAGACUGUUAACUGCUUCGAAAAACUCAAACACCCUAGAAGAAGAAGAAGAAGAAGAUGGCAACAGAAAGACACGCCUCUACGCACGUCCCAUCUGCUGAAGAAAACGCCAUGUUCCUUGACAUACUGCACGAGUCUCCCCUAUUUGGUCAUCGGAAGCCUACAAGCAUUGUCGGAAGUGUUUUAUACAGUCUUUUAUUGGCAAGUUAUGCUAUCUUGGCGGCGGCGGCCCCAUGGAUCUUUCACUCUAUACAGUCGUUACUUUCACCAUUGCUUUGUAGUUGUGGUGUCAUUCUUUUGAUUGUCACAGGCAUCUUUCAGCAUUAUCUGGUGUACCAAGUCCAGAAAAUACGGCUGCAGGGUUACUAUGUUUUCAGCCAGAAGUUAAAGCAUAUUGUUCGCCUACCAUUUGCCGCCGCUGCUUAUGGAACUGCUGCAAUGCUGCUUGUCAUGGUGUGGAAGCCCCAUAUCAGUAUCCUUUCAAUCUCCGUCCUGCUCAGGAUUAUAAUGCUGAUUGAAGUAGUGUGUGCUGGGUUUUUCAUGAGUGCAUAUAUAGGUUACAUAUACCAGUACAACUCAUUGGAUUCUCAGCCUGAUGUUUUGAAGUCAUUAUAUUCUCCCCUUCAGCCAUCAAGUUCUUUGGAAGGCUUGAGGUAUCAUGAUGGUGGUCGGCUUGCUGAUCAGCAGAUGGCUUUGUUGCAAUAUCAACGAGAAAACCUUCACUUUCUGAGUGAGGAGAUCCUUCGAUUGCAAGAAUCCUUGAGCAAAUAUGAACGGUCAAAUGAUGGGAACACCCCUCAGGUUGAUCUUGCUCAUCUUUUAGCAGCUCGUGAUCAAGAAUUACGAACACUUUCAGCUGAGAUGAAUCAACUGCAAUCUGAGCUGAGGCUUGCUCGAUCUCUAAUUGCUGAGAGGGACUCUGAGAUCCAGUGUGUUCGGACUACCAAUAAUCAGUACGUAGAGGAGAAUGAGAGGCUGAGAGCUAUAUUAGGGGAAUGGAGUACCAGGGCAGCUAAGCUUGAGCGAGCGUUGGAGGCCGAACGGAUGUCAAAUUUGGAAUUACAAAAGAAGGUAUUAACAGUAGCGAGAAAUCAACCGUCUCAUGAAUCAGCAGAACCCUCUUGACAAGCGUAUUAACAGUGGUGAGAAAUCAACCGUCUCAUGAAUCAGCAGAACCCUCUUGACAAGCGUGGAGCAGGGACAAUCGCAAGUAUUGUAGAGAGAUGUUUACAUUUGUUCUCUGUAUCGAAUGUUGUCUUAACUUUUUCCUUCUUCCCAAAGAUGUCACGGUAACAAGAGUAGAUGGUAAGUGUACAAAUCAAUCAGAAUCCCUCCCUGAAUAACAUACGUUGCUACCAGAAUUACUGUCAAGUUGCACCCAAAUUUCACAGUUC